AUGCAGGCAGAUGAGCCCAUGGCGGACCCGCAACAGCAGCAGCAGCAGCAGCAGCAGCAGCAGCAGCAGCCGGGCCCGAGGCUCAGCAACGGCGGCAGUGCGGGGGGUGGGGCCGGCGGCAGCGUGGCUGCGGCCGCCCCCGCAGGGCUGCGGCCGGCGGCACCGGACGAAGCGGGGCCGGAGCGCAGUGGCAGCAGAUCAGAACGGCGGGCGGAGGUCUACACAAUCGAGUUCGACAGUCUGGUCUACUCCCUCGCAUGGAGC